AGAUUAGCAAAAUUUUCAGACUCCGGCGAAGUAUUGAAAUACUGGCAUGCUACUAACAAUAAGCUUCAUUCUCCUCUGCCCAAUUUGGGGUACUUUCGCUGCUGAGGACGAGUUUCUACCAGCAGAGGACCAAAGGCUGUCUGCUAGGAUCCGUGAAGUGAUCGUCCACUACAGAAAACGAGGUACGGUUGUUUUGCCCGCUUCGGACAUCCCGGAUCCUCUGCCCGUCCCGAGCAUGAGCAAAUACGUCGGGACAACGCCUAUAUUAUUUACAAAUCUCAUGGUGAACGGCCUCAAGAACGUCACUAUUGACCAUAUAAACACAAAUAUCGACAAAAUGCAGAUUUACGUUGCAGUGUACGUUAACAGAUUAGUAAUUACAGGCAAUUAUUCUGCUAACUACUGGUUUACGAGAGUCGGAGGAGAGUUCAACGCCACCCUUCUUGAGGUGGAUGCGUCUAGCACAGCUGAAUUUGCUUUUCGAGACACCGGAGAGGUCUACACGACUGAUUCGAACCUCGACGUGUCCUUCACCGAGGCGAUUGUCGACUUUAAUUCUCCUGGCUUGGUCGGAACUCUGUUGAAACGGAUCAUGAGCUCUUCGGCAUCGAUUUUGCUCGAGGGAGUCAAACCUUUCAUCCUGCAACAGAUUAACGAGAAAGUGUUGUCGGACAUAAACAACAGAACGAAACCGUUCAGAGAAAGUCUGUCCUUGAACCGUUCUUCUACUCUGGUCGAACAGGCCAUUCUAGAAGGAAGGAGGUACGUCAAGACGAAAGGGUUCAACCCGUACCACGUCCGUGAUUACAAAUUAAAGUACAAUCCGUUUACGAUAGACAUAUCAAAUUUCGUUUUGGAAGGACUAUCGGAUUUUCAUAAAAUAGGCAAUGUCACAUUGUUCAUGGAAAAAGGCACGAUCCAUCUGGGUAUACGACUCGCGACGUUGGAUUUGAAAGGGAGGUGCAGGUGGAAGAUUAAUUUUCACAAGAACCUAUCCAAGACGGGCACGACCAACUUCACGGUGGAUCAUUUUCAAGUGAGAGCUUUUGUCAGGCAAUCAAUCGACGUGAGCGAACACCCAGUCUUACAGAAUCUCGACCUUAACGUGGGAAAAGUUAGAGUUGAUAUGGAAGGUACCGGAGUGGACAUGAUCAUAAGCCUCUUCGUGAGAACUUUACCGGACAUUAUCCGGCACAUCAUCGUCGACGCCAUCGAAGUGCCUGUUCAAGUAAAGAUUCAACAACUAUUGAACAAAAUCGACAUGGAUGAAGCCGUUGAAACUGGUCUUGAACAACUAGACAACAUCGGGUUAUAAUUUAAAACCCUUACAAAAUCAAGUCCAGAUAUUAGACAGUAAAACUAUCCGAAAAUCACAUUUAAAUAAGUUAAAGUUUAGUUUUUAUUGUAGUAAACUUUAUUUAUGCCAAUAUAGCGGCUGAAUAAUUAAUAGUGACGCAAUGAAUGCCUAUAAGUUA